CAGCUCGGUGUCCCCUUUCAGAGGCUCCGCGUCCCCUGUCAGAGGCUCGGGCUGCUCGCCCUUGGAGAAGCCGCGCUGAGGCUCUCUGGGCUUGGGGGGACACCCGGAACCUGCCUGCACCGCGGGGCCAGGGACACGCACCGCGGGACUCUGCCACAAGAAAUUGUGUGAAAUCUAUUCCCUGUCAUACCUGCACUGUUUGACCAUAGAUAUUUAAGUUGGUGAAUCAUCUGCCUUCCUUCACAGAUGCCCUCAGAACAUGUCUAAUUGGACAAAUCUGUGGUAUGUCUGGCUGAUCUUGCUGAGUGUGUUCCUGCUCCUGCUCUGUGGGAUCACUGCAAGCUGCAUCAAAUUCUGCUGCCGGAAGAAGAGGCUUCCAGUUGAGACCUUCCCCCGGCACCCGUACGAUCUGACAACUGUUGCUGUUGACAGCGACAGCACGGCCCAUAGCACAGUGACCUCAUAUAGCUCAUUCCAGUACCCUCUAAGUGUCCCUAUUCCUUCAAUAUUUGUGGAUAUGGAUAAGAACACCCUGUCCCCUCCAGCUUACAGUCUGUAUGCAGUGGAGUUGCCACCUUCUUAUGAUGAAGCUGUCCAAAUGGGUAAACAGUGCACUGAAGUAGCACGGAUAAGCCAGAAACUCGGUGACAUCCCUGGACAGGUGACACCAGGUGGGCUGAAUGCAAUCCAGUACUCACCUGAGACAACCAACAGAGAUCCAGCAACACAGGCAAAUCCAGAAAAUCCGGAAGAUGCAACACAGAGCAGCCACAGCUCUGACUUAUUUCAGGUGGGGAGUAAUGGAAGGGAAGGACUGUAAGAGUUAAAGAGUUUGGUUGUGAUAGAAAGAUGUUUCCUCUCGUGCUCUUGUAAUGAUCUGUCAGUUACAAGAAAUGUUUUCUGUGGCUGCUCUAAUCUCCUGAAAUGAAUGAAGUAAAAGGGCAGUGGUGUAGAAAUGCCUGUGAAUGUGGGACAUGAAUGCUUGCUCAUCUUCUGAUAAACCAAAUAUUCC